UUCUUUUUCAUUUUUAUGUGUGUUGAUUUUCAUUUUUUCAAUGUAAUGGAAUUUUUUUUUAUUUCUAUUAUGAUUAGUAAUUAUAAUUAAUUGAACUAUCACAAUGCCAAAGACUGGUUCAAUCUCUAAAAUGUCCGAAACAGGGAAAAAGAAAAGAUCAAGUGGAAAUGUUAAAUCUCCUGCCGAGUUUAUCUUGAAAUCAAUGGUUGACCGGGAUCCCAAAAAACGUAAAGUUAAACCCAACAGUAACCUACUCUACCUUGAUCUUCUUGCUGAUUCGUCCUCAGAUGAUGAAGAAUAUCUUCCCAAAUCUAAAGAUAUCGCGGCUGCUGAAAAAGAUGAUGAUUUGGAUGAGGAUGAGGAUGAUGAUGAUGAUGACGAUGACCCUGAUGGCGAAGACGAUGAAGAAGGUGAUGAAGAGGAAGAUGCAGAAGAAGAUAAGAAAAAACAGAAAGACAAAUCUUCUAAAACGUCCAUGUUAUUAAAUGAUUUCCAUUCCAAGGAUGAUUUUCUAAAAGGCUCAAAUGAUCUUUCAUCAAUUAAAUUUGAAUUACCAACUAAAGUAACCAAGUUAUUAGUUUGCUCAGUCUGUAUGGGUGAUGUUUCCCAUGAAACCGAUGAAAUAGUCGAAUGUGACUCGUGCGGUAUUACUGUACAUGAAGCAUGUUAUGGAGUAACUAAUGACACAGAUAGUGAUGCAGACUCAGUUAAUUCCAAUGCAAGCUCAGCCUCAACUGAACCCUGGUUUUGUGACGCUUGUCUUGCCAAUGUAACUAAUCCAGUCUGUGAUCUUUGUCCAAACACUGGUGGUAUAUUUAAACAAACCGAUGUCAAAAGAUGGGUCCAUCUUGUUUGUGCUCUUUAUAUUCCUGGAGUUGCCUUUAAUGAUACUAGUCAUCUAAGCGGUGUAACUCUAUUUGAAUUAUCUUAUGAUCGAUGGGGUGCUCGAACUUGUACACUAUGUGAAGAUGAACGUCUCUCUAGAACUGGUAUUUGCGUCUCUUGUGAUGCCGGAAUGUGUAAAUCUUAUUUCCAUGUUACUUGUGCCCAAUCCCAUGGAUUACUUGCUGAAGCACAAAGUACAGAGGAAACUGAAUUAGUUGAUCCAUUUUAUGCUCACUGUAAAGUACAUGCUGGAGAUAAGGUUGCUGUCAAGGCUAAAAGGAGAAAUUGGUUAGCACUUCAAUCAAGAAUGAAGAUAAAAAAACAACAACAAGAAAAAUCUCACAAUGAAAGGAUUAUUAGAAAAUUACAAAAAGCUAGACUUAAAUGGGCAAAAUUAGAUGAGACGAAACAACCUUCAUGGAUACCAACGAAAAAAAUGUCUCGUCUUCUAACUACAAGUGCAUCUGCCGUACGAAAACUCAUUAAAAAAGCUGAACUUCUUGGAAUGAGUCCACAAACUCAAUACAUCGCUGCUCAAGAUGUAGAUAUAAGAAAGAAAUGGCAUCUGCCUCCAGCCUUUUCUGUUGAAUUUGUUUCAUAUUAUUUAGAUCGUAAUAAUCGGAUAAAUAGUAUGCAGAAAAGGAUCGAUGAACUUAAAAACCAAUGCCGCCAAUUUAAGGGAGCUGAAAAUCCAACUCGACAACGUUACGAAGAGUUAACUUACCUUGUGAAUCAGUAUAAAAGCAAAAAUAUCGAAUUAAAACAAUCUUGUCGAAAUAUUUGGACACUUUUGGGCUCUCUCGCAAAAGAAAAUGUACCCAUACCUAGGAUAUUAGAAGAUGAUUAUGUAGAAAAGCGCGAUGAAGAAUCUGGUACAGGAGAUCAGAUCGGUGAAUCUGCAACCUCAUCUCCGUUAAAUCUUUUGGUUGAAUGUGGUCUCUGUCACCGUAGUCACGAUUUUCAAAAGUUAGCACUUUGCGACUCUUGUAAACUUCAUUAUCAUCUUUAUUGUCUCGAUCCACCUCUCAAACGGAUGCCCAAAAAAACGCGAUUCGGAGGAUGGCAAUGUUCUGAUUGUACUGAAAAAGAAGAGGAGGAAGACGAGGAAAGUUCAGAAAAAAGUGAUGGCGAUGAAACUGGAGCCACUGAUAGUUUUGUUGAUUCGGCAAAAAAGCGAAGGAGACUUAGGGAACAUGUUAAAGGUCCAAAUAAAUUCGUACCUGAUGCAGACACAACUGGUACAACAACCGAACCUGUAAAGAAAAAGAGAGGUAGAAAAAAGAAAAACAAACUAAAAGGUGUUCGAAAAGAGAAGAAAAAUAAGAUUAAGCGGGAUUCAGCCAACGAAGAUGAUGAACCCGCCGGUCGGGAUAAUACAGUCAAUCGUAAAGGUACAAUAAGCAUGGGUCCUAAUAAUAGUAUCUUGGUCUCUCUUGAACCCGUUAAAAGAGUUGUCAGAACGGAGGAAGAAUGUAGUAAAUGUAAAAUAACAUCAAAAUCGAGUCUUCUUGUUCAAUGUGAUCAGUGUUUGAUGUUUUAUCAUUUCGCCUGUUGUAAUCCACCAUUAAGAAAGAAUCCAAAAAAGAAAGGAUAUCAAUGGUUCUGCGAGGAAUGUGACGACAGUGAUGAGGAAAGUGAAGCCGAAGAAGAGGAUGAUAAUGAGGAUGAUAAAGAAAAGGAAGAAGAAGACGACAACGAUGAAGAAGAAGAUGAAAGCGAAAAGAUUGAUGACAAACAAAGUAGUGAUGUUAAAUCAGACCGAAAGGAUUACUUAAAUGAACCAAUUAAACAAAAGGAUACAAAACAUCAUAAUUCUCACCAUAAUCACCACCACCAUCACCACCACCAUCAUCAUCAUCAUCAUCAAUCUACCUCAAUGGUAAACGGAAAUAAUGGAAACUCUUCACACCUUAAAGAAAAUGGAAAGUUAGUUAUCCGUCUAAAAGACAAUCGAAAUUAACCAAGAUACUUAGCAGAACAAUUAAAACUUCAUUGCCUUUUUUUCACCUCAUUUAGGGCUGAUGACAAAGAAAAUUGGGAUUAACUGGAUUUGACUUUACAAAAUAAUAAUUAUCGCCAAGAACAACCUGAGCAUGAUUAUUAUUAUUAUCAUUUCUAUUACAAUUAUUACAACAAUUAUAUAAUAAUGAUAAUUACUGGUGAGUAAAUCUCAUGCAGUGAUUUGUAUUUUUUCACCUAGAAACCUGUAUAAAAUUAUUUGAAUCACUUGAUUAAUUUUCAACUGAUAAGCCCAAGGAUAACCACAAAGAGGAAACAAACAAUUAAUCAAGAAACGGAAUCUUAAUUUCCUUAUUAUCUCAUAAUCUUCAAAAAAAAAAGAUCCCCAAAGCGUAAAAGAAGCUGAAAAAAUUAAUCCAAAUGAUAACCAAUUAACUGUUUGAAUAGACAAAUCAUCAUCAUCAUCAUCAUCACCACCACCAAAAUCAUCAUCAUCGUCAACAAUUCUUUAGUUUAUUUACUUUAAUUACUCAAUUUGUAUUUUGUUUUGUUAAUUUAUCCUUUCCAAUUAAUCUAAAUAUUUUUGGCUUGGAUUUUGUGUCACAAAAGUCAAACAUACAAACAACAAGAAGGAAAAAAACAUAGAAUCAAAGCUGUGAUAAAAUCAUAAAUUCCCUCAACAAUUUCAUUGAAAUAAUCAAUCACCAGAACCAAUCACUUCCACCUUAAAUUUACCACCACAACCAUAACCAAACAUACAAAUAAAACUGAAACAGUUAAUUGUCUAACCUAAA